UUUCUUUAUUUAUAUAUUUAACACACAAAAUCCUAUCUGUCUUUCAGUACUCUGCUUCGAAACUUUCGCUUCUUCUUCUUCUUCUUCGAGAUCGGAGAUGGUGAAACCCAACCACUUGAAAAUGGUGACGGAUUCUGACGCUGCCGAUCUGAUUUCCUCUGAUCUCCGAGAACUUGGUAACGCUGCUAGAAAGCUUGCUACACACGCUGUUAAGCUCGGUGCUUCGGGUUUUACUGCUUCUUUUCUCCAAUGGAUUGCUUCCUUUGCUGCUAUUUACUUGUUGAUUUUGGAUCGGACGAACUGGAAGACGAAUAUCCUUACUUCAUUGUUGAUUCCGUACAUUUUCUUUAGUCUUCCCGGUUUGAUUUUCGGUUUUCUCAGGGGAGAGUUUGGAAAAUGGGUUGCCGUUAUUGCUGUUGUGCUCCGUCUCUUCUUCCCGCGACGAUUUCCAGAUUGGCUUGAACUGCCUGGAGCUUUGAUACUUCUCAUUGUGGUGGCUCCAAGUUUAUUUGCCUCCACCGUACGAAACGACGCCAUCGGAGAAGCAAUCUGUCUGAUCAUAUCAUGCUAUUUACUGCAAGAACACAUCAGAGCCUCUGGUGGAUUCAGAAACUCAUUCACAAAAGCGAAUGGCAUCUCAAACACCAUCGGCAUCAUCCUUCUCUUCGUUUUCCCUGUCUGGGCGUUGGUACUCCGUGUUCUUUGAUUGGUUUUCUUUUUUUCAAAAUGCAAUUAUGGAUUAUUGAUACUUUGUAUUGUUUGGGAAUGUGGGCUGUGAGAUUUGUGUCUUAACCUUUUUUUUUUCUCUUUCAAAUUGGUUGUUUGAUUGUCUUAAUAUAGGGGCUGUAUCAGUGUAAAGUUAGAUGAGGAGUCUCUCACAAACGAUUUGUGUAUCAUUUCUUUUGUGGGACAAAAGUGAGAUAAUAUAUGUUAUAUUGAUUGUGAAGAUUAAAGGGUCAAUGUGCUACAAACAGAGUUUAUUGCAAAAUAAUGAUGAUAAUUAAAAUUAAA